GUUCCAUCGCAACAUGGGGAGAAUCGUUGCCCCGCGUGGCCUCUUGAUGCAGUGCCGGUAAUUUGGAUGCCCAUAAUAACAGUGCUCGCCUCCCACGGGGAAAAGAAGGCCUGCCAAACACACCAUUCUCGUGGCAUAUCAGGAACAUGGCUCUCAUUCCACAACCGGCGUCGGUGACGCUCGGGGACGGUCACGUCGACUUGGCGAGCCUGCAAGACGUUUCAGAAGACGUUGACACCUCAAUGCCGCGCGAGGGCUACAAGAUUGACGUCUCAGCGGCAUCGGGCGUGAGCAUCAGGGCGGGCUCAGCUACAGGCCUGUUCUACGGACGCCAGACACUCCGUCAGCUAUUGCCUCCUUCGGCGCUCCGCCGAGCUGGCACCGUCUCCCAGGGACCGUGGCGUCUUCGUGAGCAGAAAAUCUCGGACGCCCCGUCAUCGGGUCUCGGCUGGCGCGGCUGCAUGCUGGACGUUGCACGCCACUACAUGCCCGUGUCCGACGUGCUACGGUUCAUCGACCUCAUCGCUUUCCACAAGCUCAACGUCCUGCACCUGCAUCUCACCGACGACCAGGGCUGGCGCAUCGACGUGCCGAGCUGGCCUCGUCUGGCCUCGGUGGGCGGGUGGCGCGAGCGGUCUAUGAUGGGAUCGAGGAUUCACAAGCUCUACGACUCUCGGCCUCAUGGCGGCGUCUACUCGGCCGACGACCUGCGCGAAGUCGUGGCGUACGCCGCGGAGAGGCACGUCACCGUCAUCCCCGAGGUGAACAUGCCGGGCCACAUGCAGGCUGCCGUCGCGGCGUACCCGGAGCUGGGCAACACCGACGUCGAGGGUCGAGAGCGAGACGGCUCCGUGCGCGACGCAUGGGGCGUCUCGACGCGAGUGCUCAAUGUGUCAGACGAGACGCUUGACUUUUGCCGCCAGGUCCUGGACUUUGUCUGCGACGUCUUCCCCUCCCAGACGAUUGGCAUCGGCGGCGACGAGUGCCCGUAUGAGGAGUGGAAAAGCAGCGUCGCGGCGCAGACGCGUAUGAGGGAGCUGGGCCUCACCAGCGAGCGCGAGCUGCACGGCUGGCUGAUGGGGGAGAUGGCUGCGCACCUCGCGAGUCGCGGCCGGCGCGCCUACGGAUGGGACGAGAUCAUGGCGGGCUACACGGGGCCCCCGGAGGCUGUCCAGGUGGCCGCGUGGAGGGGCCCCUGGCCGACCACAGUGGCGGCCCGACGGGGCUUCGACGUCGUAUCAUGUCCAGAUCUGAGCGCCUACCUAGACUACAGGCAGUCGGACGACGAGAGUGAGCCGACACCGGUGGGCACGCGGUUGACUUUGGAGGAUGUGUACGCCUUCGAACCCGUGCCCCCCGGCUUGACGCCCGAGGAGGCGUCGCACGUCGUCGGCGCGCAGGUCAACGUGUGGACAGAGCACAUGGAGAGCGCGCGUCGCGUCGACUACAUGGUGUUCCCGCGACUCUGUGCCUUUGCCGAGGUCGCCUGGGGCAAGCCCGCCGGCAAGGGUUUCGAGGACUUUCGUCGGCGGCUUGAGGAGUCGCAUCUGGCCAGGCUCACCGCGUUGGGGGUCAAUUAUCGGCCGCAGACGGGGCCGCGGCCGUGGGAUGCCCGUCCGGAUGCUCCCGGCAGGCCCCUCCCGCGUGCCGUUCGCGAAGCGCAACUUGAUGAGCUGACUGCCGAGCUCAAGGAACUGGCAAAGUAACGUCUGUACGUAGUUAGCCAGCAAAUCAAUAACGGGG